CCGGUUGUAGCUCGCGCUGUUCAGCUGUCUGUCCUCGUUAUCGGUUAAAUACAUCUUUAAAUACCAGAAAGGCGUUUUAAAAUUAUUUUAGCUAAUUGUAUACUUAUAGUUACACGUUUGCUUUUCUCUUGUACUUCUUAUAAUCACUGUUGUUAUAUAGGAGUUGUUGUUUUUUUGUUUAGUUAGCGUUGUUGCUAACGUGGUCAGCUAGCAGAGACAGUGUUUCAGUGUGUAACCGUCUCCUGAGGUGCUGUGGAAGAGUCAAGACUCUGUUAUGGAUCCUGCUGCUAGGAUCAGAUCAUCCAAGGACCUGAUGAAGGCAGACAGUGAAAAGGUUCUAAGCAAUGGGGCGAAGAGGGUUCCCGUGACUCAAAGCUGCUACAAACAGGCGCCAAGCCACGCGUCCGUGCUCGGCGUCUCUCAGGGCCCGCAGCGCGUCCCCAGGCCUCGCAGCGAGCAGAAGAGCCAGUGCGGCGGAGAGCAGAACAUUAACCCUGCUCAGAGUCAACCCAAAGCCCAGCCGAAACCCGCUCACACCGUCCCCGAGUGUGUUAAACCCACCGAGACCAAACAGGACAAGCCUACCCCAAAACUUGCUAGUGGGAUGAACAACUCCUCUGAGAAGAAGCCAUGGAGUCUGGAGAACUUCGACAUCGGCAGGGCUCUCGGGAAGGGCAAGUUUGGGAGCGUGUACUUGGCCCGAGAGAGACAGACCAAGUUCAUCCUGGCCCUGAAGGUGCUAUUUAAAAAGCAGCUGGAGAAAGCUGGUGUGGAGCACCAGCUGAGGAGGGAGGUGGAGAUCCAAUCCCAUCUCAGGCAUCCCAACAUCCUGCGCCUGUACGGUUACUUCCACGACUCCGCACGCGUCUACCUUAUCUUGGAGUUUGCUCCUAAAGGCGAGCUGUACGGCGAGCUGCAGCGCUGCCGGAUGUUUGAUGAUCAGCGCAGUGCCACGUAUAUAAUGGAGUUAGCUGAUGCUUUGUACUACUGCCAUUCGAAGAAGGUCAUCCACAGAGACAUUAAGCCCGAGAAUCUAUUGUUGGGGGCGAACGGUGAACUGAAGAUUGCAGAUUUCGGGUGGUCCGUACACACGCCGUCUUCAAGGAGGUCUACGCUAUGUGGCACACUUGACUAUCUUCCUCCAGAAAUGAUCGAAGGCAAAACCCACGACGAGAAAGUGGACCUCUGGAGUCUAGGCGUGCUCUGUUACGAGUUUCUGGUCGGGAAUCCUCCUUUCGAGACAAAGAGCCAUGAGGAAACAUACCGCAAAAUCUCCAGGGUCGAGUUCACUUAUCCGGCACACGUGACCGAAGGCGCUCGAGAUCUGAUCAACAGGCUUUUGAAACACAACCCCAUGCACCGACUCCCGAUCCAAGGAGUCCUAACCCACGGCUGGGUCGUAGAGAACUCCACCAAGGAGCCGACCACUUUCACCCGACCCGCUAAAGAUUCUCAGUGAGCACACGGCGUGGCUCGGACACAAAACUAUGGAUUAGAAAUGCUGAAAACCAGGGUGUGGGAGUCCCGAGCCUGGCUGCCUCGUCCUCCUCACGUGCACGUCACACAUUUCCCCCCCAUCAGUCUUCGUUCUCUCUUUCCCUUCUUUCAUUCCUGUAAAUAUUUGACUGUUUAAAAUUGUGAAAAUGUACCUGUUAUUACUUGAAACAAUAAAUCUAUUUUUAAAG